AUCGGUGAAAGUCAGCGUAAUAUUGUAAUAUUAGAUGCCUGAAAUUGGUAUAUAGAAUCAUGAUUAAUAGCUUAUUUAUUAUAAAUAAUUCGGGGGAUAUUUUUAUGGAAAAACACUGGAAGAGUGUCAUUAAUAAAUCAGUAUGUGAUUAUUUCUUUGAAGCCCAAGAAAAAGCUGCCUCUCCAGAUGAUGUGCCACCCGUUAUCAACACACCUCAUCACUACCUUAUAAGUAUCUAUAGAAACCAGCUUUAUUUUGUUGCUGUCGUGACAACCGAAGUUCCUCCACUGUUCGUUAUUGAGUUUCUACAUCGAGUUGUGGAGACAUUUGAAGAUUACUUCUCAGAAUGCAAUGAAACUAUAAUCAAGGAUAAUUUUGUCAUUGUUUAUGAGCUACUUGAAGAGAUGCUAGACAAUGGUUUCCCAUUGGCAACAGAAUCUAACAUCUUAAAAGAACUUAUCCGACCACCUAAUAUUAUCCGCACAGUUGUUAACUCAGUCAUAGGUGGCACAAACGUGAGUGAUCAGCUUCCCACGGGCCAGCUGUCUAAUGUACCAUGGAGGCGCAGUGGUGUGAAAUAUACAAAUAACGAGGCUUAUUUCGAUGUUAUUGAGGAAGUAGAUGCCAUCAUUGACAAAUCGGGUUCACUGGUGUUUGCUGAGAUACAAGGCUACAUUGAUUGCUGUAUUAAAUUGUCUGGAAUGCCUGAUUUGACGAUGUCUUUUAUGAAUCAUCGCUUGUUGGAUGAUGUCAGUUUUCAUCCCUGUGUUAGAUACAAGAGAUGGGAGUCUGAGCGUAUUAUAUCGUUUGUACCACCAGAUGGUAAUUUUCGAUUGACGUCAUAUCAUAUCGGUUCACAAAGCAUGGUUGCCAUACCAAUUUAUGUCAGACCACAGAUGUCGUUCAAAGACAGUGGUGGUAGGUUUGACCUGACUGUGGGACCAAAACAAACUAUGGGAAAAACAGUUGAUAACGUGGUGAUUAAAGCUGAACUGCCGAAAGUUGUAUUGAACGUCAACCUGACAGCUACGCAAGGAAACCAUACGUUUGAUCCCGUCAAUAAAACACUGACGUGGGAAGUCGGUAAAAUUAAUCCACAAAAGUUGCCAAGCAUCAAGGGUUCAAUGAAUCUACAGAGUGGAUCUCCACCACCCGAAGCUAACCCAUCUAUCACAGUUCAGUUCACAAUACAGCAGCUGGCGAUAUCAGGGUUAAAGGUCAAUAGGCUGGACAUGUAUGGUGAGAAAUACAAGCCAUUCAAAGGAGUAAAGUAUCUAACAAAAGCCGGCAAGUUCCAAGUACGAACAUGAGGUCAGCAGUUCAAGAGAAUAAAAAUAGUUCUAAACAAUAAAUGUUUUAUUUAUUUGACAUCAACAAAUAUCAGCCUAGUAUUGUCAAGAGGAAAAUAAAAGUUAUCUUUGUGAAUAGAAACCAAUGUGAAUACAUCAUGGUUACCAUAGCACCACCCAGUUGAUGAUAUUAGAUUACAGUGUGCAUGCUGAACACAAAAUACUGAAAGAAUUGUUCAUUUUACAGAGUGGUGUUCAGUGUAUAGGAAUGUAUUAUAUUAACAAGUCUCAGGACAAGGGACUAGAAAAGGUGUUCAGUUUUGACAAGUUUCCUAUAUCUGCAUCCAGGUCAAUAUAGAAAAAUUCAAUGUGCAUUGCACAACAACCAUGCUUCCUAGUUGUUAUUUUCAAUUAGUUAGGGAGUCUACUUUCCACAGUAAUGAUAAAAUCAGACAUGUACUUAUCUGAAUUUGCAACUAACGAUACAUUGUAAAUUGAGACAAAAGGAGAAAUGACAUUCAUAUAUGCUGAUGUCUAUACUCCAAGUCAUAGAUAACUUGUCACAACAUUUUAUUUUCUGGAUUUUAAUACACUGAUUACUGUAAGUUGUUUUAUUUUCAUGUAAAUUAAUGAAUUGAAAUCCAACAAAAAUGUAUCAAAAAUGUUUUCAGCUUAAACAUAAUUCCAGC